AAACAUGGAAUGAGUAUCCCAUUCCUUUUUCAGUGCAAAGAACAUUCAAACCUUUAACCAGAAACCAACCUCCGAUUCAACCAUUAUUAAAGCAACGACCUUUGUAGCCCAUCCAACAAGUUAGGGGUUAGUGGUUAUGACUUAUGACCAUUAAAGACCAUGGCAGACGAAACUUACAAGUUGAAGUGGUUGCAACGUUGAGCUACUCACCUGCACAUUUGUCUGAGUCUUUAUUACACGCUAGCCUGGUUGGCUAUAUAUUAUUACAAGUGCUGGUGCUGGUGCUUGCUUCUUUGGAUCCACCACAGUACGGCUUUCAUGGCGGGAUCUUUGUCUCUUCUUCUCAGACGGCUUUACCUUUCCCUCUACAACUGGACCCUCUUCAUCGGAUGGUCUCAGGUGCUGUAUCUUGCCGUGAAGACACUUCGGGAAUCGGGCCCCGAGCAGGUUUACAAUGCCCUCGACCGCCCACUUCAGUUUGCUCAAUCCGCCGCGUUUUUGGAGAUUCUUCAUGGCUUAGUGGGUUUGGUGAGAUCUCCUAUAACAGCCACACUGCCACAGAUUAGUUCGAGGUUGUUUCUGGUUUGGGGGAUCCUGUGGAGCUUUCCUGAGACUCAGAGUCAUGUCCUUGUGAGCUCUUUGGUCGUCAGCUGGUCCAUCACUGAGAUUAUUCGAUACUCUUUCUAUGGCAUGAAAGAGACUCUUGGUUUUGCGCCUUCCUGGCUCCAGUGGCUCAGGUAUAGCACCUUCAUGUUGUUGUAUCCAAUUGGGAUCACAAGUGAAGUUGGCUUAAUAUAUCUUGCCAUGCCACACAUUAAGAAUUCUGAGAAGUAUUGUAUAAGGAUGCCAAACAAGUGGAACUUCUCUUUUGAUUACAUCUGUGCUGCGAUUGUAGCCCUAGGAUUCUAUGUCCCAGGCAUUCCUCACAUGUACGGGUAUAUGCUUACGCAGAGGAAGAAAGUUCUUUCAAAAUCUAAAGCGGAGUAGCUGGCAACACACCUUUGAUGUACAAGUAUUUCUCUUGAUUUUUCAUGUGGUCUUGUGUUUAAGAUGGAAUUUCAGUCUAAAAAAGGUUUGGUUAGAAGUCAUUUCUUUCUGGUAUUGUGUCCAAUUUUUCCAAGUAACCUUGGGUUUCAAGGAUCACCACCGACGCCACAUUCACAAAAUCUAUUCAGACUUUGUCUUCGCCAUGUAAGUUUCCACCCAACAUGAUGUAGCAUAACAUGGCUCAAGCUGAAAAUGAAGUUCUUAGGUUGUGUUGAUUA